ACUCCAUGCUCCACAGACUGAGCAUAUAAAAAGCACAAGGAAUUACAGAAAACAGGUUUAUAUGAAAUACAGAUACCAGAUAACAUCUCCUUUUGACAGGUGAGGCCAAUAAGACCACCUUCCUCCUUUGUUUAUCAAAGACAGAGCAAGCAAAACAAAUCUAAUCUGGAUGUUCAACAGGUCAUUGAAGAAGUGAAAGACAAUGAGUAAUAGAAAAGGAGUGAUAUAAAUAUGAGUUUCUUUUUACAAGCUAUACUUGCAAAUCUGAAUUUCCACAGGCAGGUGGUCUUGAGAGUGAGGUUUCUAAAAUAAGCUAGGAUCUGACUGCUUACCCUACCCUGUACGGUCACUUCUACCCAAGAUGCAUGUUCCUUCACAGCAUCUGCCAUGACUCAAGCAAGUGUACAUCAAAAUUAAGGUAUCUUUUAGUAAGGGUUAGCAGCUGCACCGUGACCAGAAAUGGGCAUGGAAGAUGCAUGCACCUAACAAUCCUGUAAAUGUUACCCUGUCUCAGGAUGUUCGGUUCUGAUAACAAACCUUUAGGAGAAGGAGACCUGCGGAAAUUACUUAAACUUUAUCGCACAGAGAUCUCCAUGGCAGUCGACGAUGUCUUCCCAUUGCUCCACGGACUGGCAGAUCAUGACAUUGUCACAGAAAAGAUGUUCAAGGACACUCUCCAUCUGAAGGAGAAGGAUGGCUGCCACAAGGCCUUCCAUGCCAUGUUAACGUGGCUGUUGAGCCAGGACUCCUCUUCCAUCCAGGACUUCUGGAGGGUUCUCUUCAAGGAUUAUAACCUGGAGAGAUAUUCCAAGCUCCAGUCCAUUCGAAGCAGCUUUCCUAAAGACCUGGAUCUCAGUAGGUAUCGCAGCAGGGCAAGGAAGCUCACAACCAGUCCUAAGGAAUUGACUCAGCACAAAUCCCAAGGGAAGAGGAAAGUGACAGAUGAAAAAGAUGCUUUGCACCUACCUCAACUUUCAGCAAAAGGCGACCCACACCUUGGAUCCCUUCCAAAGGCAAAAUCUGUGAAGAAGUCAGAGAAUGUUGAGACCCAGCAUUAUCCCCUUUUGCAUGGCGGUGACACUAAGAAAUGCAUCAAAAUUGGUGGUGAGUUUUAUGCAGCAGACAAACUGGAAGAGCUUGGAGAGAACAACAAAGCUCAGGAACUGAAGCCCAGCGGGAAAGCUAAAGAAUCCCAGGUCCGUAGAUACAUAUGCCACACAAUAUACUUCUUGGGGUGGACUUACUCCUUGGUUCAUAAUUUUUCUCUUGAUUUUCAGAAUGGAGAUCAAAAAGCAACCUUGCAGAAUAGGUGCCUUACUACCCCCUUCCAAACUGUGGAUCCAGCCCCCCAGCAGAAGAACGAUGACGAAUGUGCCGUCUGCAGGGAUGGUGGGGAGCUGAUCUGCUGUGAUGGAUGCCCCAAGGCCUUUCAUCUCACCUGCCUUGUGCCACCACUGACAGAGAUUCCCAGUGGGACAUGGAGGUGUGAUUCCUGCUCCUCUGGGCAAUCGAAACAAUACAGGUGCAGUGGAGAAGAGAACAGCAGGAAUGCACUUUCUCAAACACAGGGAGCUGUAUAUGUCCAGAGAACAACAGAAGAUGGGAGGAGGGUUCUCAUCAAGGAACCUGUGCGUGCCUCCCUCAGGCAGCCUUUGCCCUCUGUGACCCCAGUGUCUGGGGCGGCACCGCCAACAGUUCAGAAUGUGGGAACAGAGAAACAGCUGAAGCUGACCAUUGGGGAGAAGUGUGGUGUAUGCAGGAAAGAAGGAGACCUGAUCUACUGCAAUAAGUGUUUCCGGGCUUUCCACUGGCCCUGCCAUUUUCCUGCCCAUGCAGAUCAAAUCAGUGGAAUCUUAAUGUGCAAAUCCUGCACUAGCAACCAUCCCAUGACCAUCAGCUUGGAAGGAACUACAAACUCAAAUACCCCAACACUACGAGCGGUAAAGGUGGUGGAAGAAUCUGCUGGGACUGAACCCCUGCUGAACAAGGAUGAUCUGGACUCUCUCUUAGGGGAGAAUACCUUUGAUGGGAUCUUGCACUGGGCAUUCCAGAGUGUGCCUCGUCCACUGUCAGACACUCAAGGAUUUUUCUCAUAGGACUCUGGAUUUGGCACUGUUUUGCUAUUGUGUCAAAUAUGUUCAUAUUGUCUCUUGCUGAAACAUUGGCACCCAAAGCUACUUGCUUUCAUAUAGUCUAUAUUACCGCAAUGAUAGUUCUGUUAAAUUGAUACUUCUCUGCUCAUCUCCAGUUGAGAGAAUUGAUAUUUUUCAGUCUGUACCUGAGUAGAUUAUCGUAAUCACCCUUCAUAUAAUUGAGUGAUGGGGUAGUAAUUGAAUUGGAGGAUAUUCUUUUCCCCACAGAUUUUUUUGAUGAGGGUUUCAAAAGCAAAGUCCCUUUGAACUUUCUUCCUGGACAAGUUCCAUGCUGCCUUUGUCAUGAGAUUACUUUAUGUCAUUCCUAUAGUGUGCUACAGCCUAGAUUUAACCAGAAGCAUUUCCCUAUUACUCUGCAAAU